AUGUCCAAGAUCUUCACCCAGGCCGAUGUCUCGUCGCACAACAAGCCAGACUCGCUCUGGAUUGUCGUUGAUGGCGACGUCUACGAUGUCACCAAGUUCGCUGAUGACCAUCCCGGCGGCAAGAAGAUCCUCCAGAGAGUUGGUGGCAAGGACGCCUCCAAGCAGUUCUGGAAGUACCACAACGAGGGCAUCCUCAAGAAGUAUCAGGGCAAGCUCCAGAUUGGCUCUCUAGACACCAAGCCCAAGGCCGCUGCUCCCGCUCCCGCUGCUGCUCCCGCCCCUGCUCCCAAGGCCGCCCCCAAGCCCAAGGCUGCUGCUGCCGCUGCUUCUUCUUCCCAUGAAGAGACCGAGGCUCUCGAGCCCUUCGGCCAGCUUAUCCCCUUCGCUGACCCCAGCUGGUACCAGAGCUACCACUCCCCUUACUACAACGAGACUCACGCCGCCCUCCGUGCCGAGAUCCGCGAGUGGGUCGAGACCGCCAUCGACCCCUAUGUCACCGAGUGGGAUGAGAAGAAGGAGGUUCCCGCCGAGAUCUACAAGGAGAUGGGCAAGCGCGGCUACCUCGCCGGUCUGCUUGGCACCAAGUACCAGAGCAACUAUGUCGAGAACCCCAUCAAGUCGGUCCCCGCCGAGAAGUGGGAUCUCUUCCACGAGAUGCUCCUGACCGACGAGCUGUCCCGCACCGGCUCCGGCGGUUUCGUCUGGAACUUCGGCAAGAAGCCUCUCGUCGACCGCAUCCUGCCCGGCAUCCUCAACGGUGACAAGCGCAUCUGCCUUGCCAUCACCGAGCCCGACGCCGGCUCCGAUGUCGCCAACCUCACCUGCGAGGCCAAGCUCAGCGAGGACGGCAAGCACUACAUUGUCAACGGCGAGAAGAAGUGGAUCACCAACGGUAUCUGGUCCGACUACUUCACCACGGCCGUGCGCACCGGCGGGCCCGGCAUGAACGGUGUCUCGCUCCUGCUCAUCGAGCGCGACUUCCCCGGAGUGUCGACCCGCCGCAUGGACUGCCAGGGCGUCUGGUCCUCGGGCACCACCUACAUCACCUUUGAGGACGUCAAGGUUCCCGUGGAGAACCUGAUCGGCAAGGAGAACCAGGGCUUCCGCGUCAUCAUGACCAACUUCAACCACGAGCGCAUCGGCAUCAUCAUCCAGUGCCUGCGCUUCUCGCGCGUCUGCUACGAGGAGUCGGUCAAGUACGCCAACAAGCGCCGCACCUUUGGCAAGAAGCUGAUCGAGCACCCCGUCAUCCGCCUCAAGCUCGCCCACAUGGCCCGCCAGAUCGAGGCCUCCUACAACUGGCUCGAGAACCUCAUCUACCAGUGCGAGAAGAUGGGCGAGACCGAGGCCAUGCUCCGCCUCGGCGGCGCCAUCGCCUCCCUCAAGGCCCAGGCCACCGUCACCUUCGAGUUCUGCGCCCGCGAGGCGUCCCAGAUCUUCGGCGGCCUGUCCUACUCCCGCGGCGGCCAGGGCGGCAAGGUCGAGAGGCUGUACCGUGAUGUCAGGGCUUAUGCCAUCCCCGGUGGCUCCGAGGAGAUCAUGCUUGAUCUCAGCAUAAGGCAGAGCUUGCGCGUUGCCAAGAUGACUGGUAUGAAGCUUUAA